CUGUGACCCUUCAGGUCUCUGGCGGGGUGGGUCACCUGGUGUCCUACUUUUGCCCUCCUGCCUCAGUGCCACCCUCCAGCUUCCUGAGCUCCUUUCUUCUGUGGAGUCGGGUCCUAAAGACUGGCCUCUGCCACUCCCACCCAGGAUCUGAAUUCGCCCAGAUGAAUUCUUCUCCCAGUUCAUCCUCCGGAGUUCAGAGUGGUUUCAAGACACACACUCAGAAGAGUAGGGUCCCUGUCCUGGCACUGCCCUCCACCAAGGGAGGUCUCAGGAGUGCCAUCUCCACCCUCCCUGCUCUCAUCUCUGCAAGCAGAGAACAGGCAGACCCCCUCCCACAUCUUCCCAUUCCCUUCAGCCAACUCUAUUGGGUCUCAAAAAGACAAGACACCACAGGAAGGGGGAAGGGAAGGCACUGAGACAAGGGAGUGGUGGCAGGUUGAUCAAGUUGGUGGCCAGGAGGGAAAGAGAAAGCUGGAUCCGUUUGAGAAUGAGGACUUUCCUUCUGGCGUGGAUGGGCGAGAUGGUGAGAGAGAGAGAAGGGCAAGGGAGAAGCCCUCUUCUCUCAGACUGGAGGACAAAGAGGAACUGCCCCUUGAUGAGGAAACAAACACAGGUCCAAGGGAAGAGUGGCCAAGAAGAAAAGUAGCUUUUCUGAACAUAGUUCGGCUCCCUCCCCAGGAGUCCAGGAAUGCUCCCCUUCAUCAAAAAGUGUUAAGUUCCCUACCUCUGCCUGACCCUGUGCCAUGUAACCUACCUCUGUCUGACCCUGUGCCAUGUAACCCAGCUUAGGAGUUGCUUAAGAGCCAGGAAGGUGCAGCCAUCCCCCUCAGCCCCCACUGCCUGGAAGUGCACACCUACACACACACACACACAGCUGUGGAGCAGACAAUGGCUGGGAAAGAAUGCAGGUCCUAUCCUUCUUGUGUUCAUUUCCACACACUCGUGGGCACCAGGAAAUACAGGCAGAAGCCUCCAAGGUUUUCUUUCCUGGUAUGCGGGUCUCCAGUCUCCCCUGUUCUUUGAGACAAUGGGUCUGUGCAUUCCAGGCAGCAAGCCACUGACUGUCAGGAAUUAGUUCAAGCAGGUCAAAGGAGAAUCCUGUGUGCCUCUGGGCUGAAGCUGCCUGCAGCCUGCUUGCCUGAAAAGUUACAGUUUCUGUAAGGGUAAGGAGGGAAAGGUGGCUAGACGUGACUUUUUAGGUGAUUUUUUGGCUCCGUGUGCUGGGCAGGGGCUGGCCGGCUUCAGUGGGCAGGUAUUGUAAAAAGCCUGCACCAUCCCGGGCUCCUUUGGGAGAUUUUAGAAAAGGGAUGCGAGCUUCAGAAUAGGAUUAAAUGGCCUUGAAGUUUCCUUCCAAUGUUGAGGGUUUGUAAGAUAGGAGGUUUGCAAAUGUUCGCUGUCUGCAUCUCCAGAACUUGGCUCGCAGUUGGUUCUUAAAUGUUCUGUGUUCACGUGUAUAUUCAAUGCAGUGGUUGUUUAUAGCCACAAGAUGGUAUGUUGGCCCAGGUGAGUGCAAAAGCUGGCUCAGCACAUUCUCCAUCUGGCCUGGCUCCAUUGGCUCCAGGCAGAGAGAUUGAUGGGGGAUAGAGAAUGAGCUCCUAGACCAGACUACUCAGCCCCCACUGCCCUCGUCUCUCUCUCAUCAUGAUCAGAUCGAAUCCUCCAGUCCUCAGGGCUGGAGCCCAGCCUGCUGGAGCGAGCCCGCGGAGCUCUUUGGCGUCUUAAUUCCCAACCCCAUCCAUCUCCAAACCUGACAGCUCCCCACGGGACAGUGCCUUCCAGUUACAUCAGCGCCCUCUGCAGCCCAGCCCCUUGACCUGAGUCCCAUCUCCGUGUAUAUGAACCCAGGCACAUUGUGAUUUCAUGAAUCCACCGUCAUUAAUUUAGCAAAAACGCACCAGCAUCUCUGCAUGCCAGGCACUGUGGACCCAGGACGGAAUGAUGGGCAAAAGCAGAUGGGGUCCUCACCUCGUGGGGCUUACAGUGGAAGGCAAGAGAUGGACAUUCAUCUGAUGAGCUCCACAAAUGUGAAAUGUCAACCGUGGCUUGCAGGUGCACAGUCAUAGGAGAGCCACUUCUGUGAAGGUGUUUGGCCUGGUCAGGGAAUAAGGGAAGGCUUUCUGGCGAUGUGACAUUUUAGCUGAGACCCGAAGAUCAAGUAGGAGCAACCCAAAUGAAAGAGGGAAGGAAGAGCGUUCAGGGCAGAGAAACCUCCCUCUGCAAAGGGAAGGAGCCUGGCAAACAGGGAAAAGAAAAGAAGCUCCUUGUGGCUGGAGCCAAGGGCAGAAAUGAGGGUGAUGUACAGUGGCUGGGAACAUAAACAGGGGCCGGACCUCAGACACCCUUAGAGAGCUUUGGUUUCUACAGGAGAUGAAUAAACAAGCCACAGAAGCAUUUUAACCCGUGUGUGUGUGUGUGUGUGUGUGUGUGUGUGUGUGUAUGCACCUUUGUGUGUGUGUGCACGAGAUUGAGAGAGAGAGAGACACACACACAGACACAAUGAGAUCUGAGUUGGGAAGAGCACCCAGGCUGAUGCACCCAGAAUUGGAGGGAGUAGGCGUGGGUGCAGGAAAGCCUGUUAAAAGGCAGCACAGUCAUAAGGAGAGAGGUGACAGUGGCUUGGACCCAAUCAAAUUUGAAAGGAUCUUUAAGGCUACAGUGUUAGCAUUUCACUGAUACUUCAAUCUCUUCUCCAUCAUCCCAACCAGGUGGGCAACCUAAACUAUGCCUAACACAAGCCCAUCAUUUCUCUGAGGCCCUCACAGUGACACGCCACCUGGUCGCAUGUGCUCUCACCCCCACCCCAUGGCCUCAUCUGCCUGUCUGUGGUUGACACCACUUGGUCGCUGUUUUCCUUUACCCACUCCAGGGCACACAGAGAGGCCUGGGCUUACCUGAUGCUUCUCACAUCUUUUCUGGGCCCAGGUGGUAAUCCCCACUCUUCUCUGUGGAGUGGGACUUCCUGAGAGCCCACCCCCUUUUUGGAUCCUGUAGGGAUCUGAGAAGUUGAAGGAAAUCCCUGAGACCUGUGUCCCUGGAAGCAACAGCCUGUGCUUGGCCUGAGGUUGAUUUCCAGGGCCUUCCUGGAGGAAGCUGCCUCCUUGCAAACUAGCGGGCCGGGGACUUCCAAGGCCUUUGAGGCUCCAUUGUGUGGAAGGAUCAUUGGUGGCUACUGGAGCCUCUGACCCUGUCACAGCCCUGCUCUGCCUGCCCUGUCCUUCCCGCAUACAAGGCCCAGUCUGAAAGUUUACCAUCUGUAUGGCCCCAUGCUUUGGUUCAUAAUACUCAGCCUCAUUUCAGAUCUUAGAUGGGAGUUCAAUAUAUAAAGCAGAUAAAAGGAAGGUGCUGCUCUUGUUUAAAGAGAAGGGUCUAGAAUCCCACUUUCUCAGUUCUCUACCCCAUCCUCUCGGCCCAGGGUAGCAUGCUGACGCAGCUUGUUAGCACACUUAAGUGACAAGUGACACACAUCUGGUAGGAAGAGCUGUUGGGCUGCCCCAUCUUUUUUUUUUUUUUUGAGACAGAGUCUUGCUCUGUCCCUCAGACUGGAGUGCAGUGGCGCAAUCUCAGCUCACUGCAACCUCUGCCUCCUGGGGUCAAGUGAUUCUCCUGCCUCAGCCUCCCAAGUAACUGGGAUUACAGGCGUGUGCAAUGAUGCCUGGCUAAUUUUUGUAUUUUUAGUAGAGACAGGGUUUCCCCAUGUUGGCCAGACUGGUCUCAAACUCCUGACCUCAAGUCAUCCACCUGCCUCGGCCUCCCAAAGUGCGGGGAUUAUAGAUGUGAGCCACCGUGCCCGGCCGGAUGCCCCAUCUGGAGCACUCAGUCAUCCUGGUCCAGACAGAGGAGUGACUCUCAUUCUUGCCUGCCCUCUCGCCGCAUAGGGAACAUGGAGCACUUGGUCAGAAGCCUGGUUCUGCCACCAACUAACAGAGGGCCUCAGAUGAGUGACUUUAUGCCUCUAAGUCUCAGUCCCUGUAUCUGGAAAAUGGAUUCAGGAAUACUUCCUGCCUAGGAGUUACAGGGAAGGGAGGUAACAUAUGUCAAGUGCCUUGUGGAGAUGGUGACUCAGUAAUAGACGGCAACUGCGACUAUUUCACAGGACCCCCAUCACCCCUCCUCCUUUCCCUCUGCCCAGCUCACACCUUCCUAAGAGACCCCUCUCCUCCUCCCACACAGCAGCGUGCACUCUUCACACGCACUCCCCAGCCUCUUCCUUGACUCCCCUGGGGGCGGAUGGGAGGGUGCUGGGGCGCGGCUCUGGCCUCCCUCCUGCACAUCCCACCUGCCAAGGAUCUGCCAUACGCCUUCCGCUCUAUAAAUAAUAAACCAUAAAUGCGAGAAGAAAAUAGUCAGAGCAGCAGAGUAAAUGCCAAGAAUUGAAGGCUCAGGCAUGCCCUAUCUCCUGAGCCCUGGCCUCUAGAGACAGACUCAGCCCCUCCACUCUGGUAAUGAAGCAUCCCCUUUUUUCCAGCUGCUUCAGUGACAUCCUCAGGCCCCCGCAGGGCCACUGAAAUUCUUCCACUUGUUAUUUAACUCAGAGAGAGAAUUCUAAUGUGGCCUCUCUGCCCCACGGGGCACAAGAAGGAGCCUUGAAGGAGGAGGUAGGAGAUUGGUUGAUUGCUCCUCGGAGUCCUCGGCCCUUUCCUCCUGAGACUUUCCUAAGCCAGGAGAUGCUCUGGCUGGUGAUGAAGCUGGAGCCCGCAGGCCAAGCACAGGGUCCAGUUCAGGGGCCCAGCAUGGCCUGACCUAGAGCUGGGACAUAGCCAGAGACCUUCGAGUGAAGGGGCUGUGAGUGGUCUGGUGCAGGCUGUCUGGUUAGAGCCGACAUGCCGGCUGUGCAAUCCUGGGCAGGUUAGCACACCCCUCUGCACCUCAGUGUCCUCAUUCAUGACAUGACGGUAAUAAGAAAGCUGUCUCAGGCAGAACGUAGUGAAAGAUUCAGCCCGGCAAUUGCCGCAUUGGUAUUACAUAAUAGUAAUCUGAACUCGGCAUCUGCAAAUGUUCCUGGACUUUAAAGAUGCAGGACAGGGGCCUCAGAAAACCAUUUCCUUAGGUCCACACUGAGAAAUGUAUCUGUUCUGUGGCUAGGCACACUGGGGCUUGGUUCCAGGAGGGUGUGUUUAGACUGCAGUUUGUACUCUGUAAAGGUACAGCUGUGGCCAACAGCCAUCUUCGCUGGAAGCAGAGAGCCUGGGCCCCAGACCUCCGACCCUUCACUCCACAGGGCCCCGGGCCGUGAGCUAAUAAUGCUCAUUUCAGUUUCCUGUGACGGGGAGGCUCCCUUCUCUUCUGCUAGGAUGCAAUAUGGCAGAUGGGAUUUCUACGUGAGGCAUACUUCCUUGUGAAAUCUGAAUGAAACCCCUCCCCUUCCAAAAAAAGAAGAAAAGAAGUGCUGAGAGAUAAAGCAGCACCACAAAGCCCCAUAGAAGGCGGUGUUCACGAGAGCAUCUUACAAGCACGCCAGUCACUCUAAGUGGUGCGCUAAUCAGGAUGCUGCCCGCCCGCUGUGAAGCAGCAGCGGGAAAACAGCACCCGGCAGGUGAGCAUCACGCUGUCCUGGAGUCUUCCCAGACGUGUGGCACACAGAUGGUGACUUCCCGCAGCAGCUGGUUCUGGGCUCGCAGUCCUCACCCACCUCCUUAUAGAAUCCUCAGCUGGUGUGGUUUCCCAACUUCGUGCCACCCUGGUUAGAUGCAGAAAAUGCCCUCACCCAGCAUUUCCAAAAGCUUUCUCCUCUGUUCCAUGAGAGGUCACCAGUAUUUCUCCAAGACUGACUCCUGUGGUCGUCAGGGUGACAAAAUGUGGGUUUUCUUGCACGAGAAGGCAUACCAGGUUCGGGACACAGCCAUCGAGUCCUCAGUGGUGACCAAGGUAAAGGGCUUCGGACUCUACGCCAACAGAGUCAUGGACGUGUCUGAUUAUGUGACGCCACCCCAGGGCACCUCGGUCUUUGUCAUCAUCACCAAGAUGAUCGUUACUGAAAACCAGAUGCAAGGAUUCUGCCCAGAGAGUGAGGAGAAAUACCGUUGUGUAUCAGACAGCCAGUGCGGGCCUGAGCGCUUCCCAGGCGGGGGGAUUCUCACUGGCCGCUGCGUGAACUACAGCUCUGUGCGCAGGACCUGUGAGAUCCAGGGCUGGUGCCCCGCGGAGGUGGACACAGUAGAAACGCCCAUCAUGAUGGAAGCUGAGAACUUCACUAUUUUCAUCAAGAACAGCAUCCGUUUCCCCCUCUUCAACUUUGAGAAGGGAAACCUCCUUCCCAACCUGACAGCCAGGGAGAUGAAGACCUGCCGCUUCCACCCAGACAAGGCCCCUUUCUGCCCCAUCUUGCGGGUAGGGGACGUGGUCAAGUUUGCGGGGCAGGAUUUUGCCAAACUGGCGCGCACGGGGGGAGUUCUGGGCAUUAAGAUCGGCUGGGUGUGCGACUUGGAUAAGGCCUGGGACCAGUGCAUCCCCAAAUACUCCUUCACCCGACUGGACAGCGUUUCUGAGAAGAGCAGCGUGUCCCCAGGAUACAACUUCAGGUUUGCCAAGUACUACAAAAUGGAGAACGGCAGUGAGUACCGCACCCUCCUGAAGGCUUUCGGCAUCCGCUUCGACGUGCUGGUGUACGGGAAUGCUGGCAAGUUCAACAUCAUCCCCACCAUCAUCAGCUCUGUGGCGGCCUUUACUUCUGUGGGAGUGGGGACUGUUCUCUGUGACAUCAUCCUGCUCAACUUCCUCAAGGGGGCCGACCAGUACAAAGCCAAGAAAUUUGAGGAGGUGAAUGAGACAACGCUGAAAAUCGCCACUUUGACCAACCCAGUGUACCCCAGCGACCAGACCACAGCCGAGAAGCAGUCCACCGAUUCGGGGGCCUUCUCUAUAGGCCACUAGGGCCUCUUUCCAGGGCCCCACCCUCACCCUUGGGCUCCAGGCCUUCCAGCAGGGGACCCUGCCUGAGCAUGGGGGCAUGGGAGGGAAGAGGGGCUCUCAUUUCUGCUGCUCAAUCCAUGAGCAUAGCUGGGACCAGGUGUCCAGCCCUCCCAUUGCUCCAGCAGACAGGCAGUGCCCCUGCUGAGACCCCACUGUCACCCUCACUCCUUGCUUGGCCCCAUCUGCUUCCUAGAACCCCUGGGGCAGUAGCACCUGAGCAGUCCCUUUCCCAAAGAGUAGAGAUGAUAAUGUAGGACAGAUGGCCACAAGGGCCUACCAAGUGCCAGGCGCUUUCACACACGUUAUCUCAUUUAAUCCUUAGAAUAAUCCUAUGAGGUAGAUAUUAGUUUCCCUUGUUUUGAAGAUAACCAAGGCUCAAAGAGACUGAGUCAUUUGCCCCAGGCUAGAUAGCCAGGAAGUGAGAGAGAGCUUGGAUUUGAACCUCCAUUUGACUAACUCCAUUGCCCACACCCCAUGAGAGAAGAAAGAACUCCUGGGGGCCGUCAGCCCUGCUGCUUCAGCCGCCUCCGCGCUGACCGUGUUGCUGUUCAUAAAGAGUAAGCCCCAUGCCUUUCCCAGCAACUAAGGCUGCAUUUUAGGGAGACUGGUUAGACAAUGUUGUGUGGCCCGAUGGGUGGGUCCCAAAUUUAGAAGGAAACAGAAGACAUGGCUGUUGGUGAAUUUUUCCUUAUCACACCCCACAGCUCUCCCCUAACCAGGGAAGGGGCCAUUCUUGUUCUUCUCUGGGACCCCACACUCACACACAACUGAGCCCCUCACUCUGGGGAUUUGAUUACUGGACCUGGGAGUUCCGCAGCCCUCAUUUACAAUAUCGGCGAAAAGGCUCCAGUGAGGCCUGGUGCCUUGUGAGCUGGUCAGCUGGGUCAGCCAGGCCUGUCCCCACAGGGUCUUAAUCAGGUGUCCCGUCUUUUAAGGUUAGAAGCUAAAGGGGCCUUAGAAACCAUCUUAUCUAACUGUCUUGCUUACAGAUAAGCAAACUGAGGCCAGAAAGGAAAAUGACUAGUUCAGUGCCACAGUCAGUGGUGAAAAGAGAACACACAUGUCCUGCCCUUCAGGGGAGGAGGCCAGAGCAGGAAGCUGGGUGCAUUGACCCAGGCAUCCUCUAUCCCCGUUCUGGCCUCUCUUACAGUGAGAGGCCCAGAAGUUGCACCAGGACAGGGUUCAGGGGCAGACCCAGGUUUUCUGAAGCAUAAGCAUAUACAAUUUGGGGGCAUCUCUUUAGAAAGAAUACAAAAUGAGGUAUAGAAGGGGUUCAUGCGAGUGAAUGAGCCUGAAGAAUGUUUCAGUAGCUUCAUGGUAAAUCUGCAUCUGGUAGAGUUGGAGUGGGCAUGAUCAUGAGGUCUCAGCACCAGCUCAAUUGUAGAUGGAGGGCAGCCCUCAUCACAAGGUGCAGGAAGUUGGGGAGGGGACAGCUUCAGGAGCAGUUCAGGAGGCUCGAACGGUGGGUACUUGCAAAGGCCUUGCCCCAAUGACCCCCCACCCCAGGGGGAGAAGGGGUAAGACCCUCCCCACAUAAGGCUCAUCACCCCCUCCAUCACUCUGCCCUAACCCACAGCCCCAUGCCCAGGAUGGUGCACAAGGGGCCAGCUAACCACACAGGGAGGAGCGUGGCUGGUGUCUCAGCAAACCGCUGGGGCACGACCUCCCCAGGGUCAGCCUUGGGAAUUGGGCAAUGCCCAGAGAUCUAACCAGAGAGACAUCAGUUUCCCCAGCAGAGAUAUCAGUGAAGGCAGCACCACAUUCUCCACCUGGGACUCCCCCAGGCAUCCCUGGGGAAUCCAGCUCUUGGGAGGCUGGGGUCACAGGGAUGCUCUCUAAUGGGGAGAUGAAGGAGGCAGUGGUGUCCUGAAGGGACCCUCCCCCGAACUCCCCUUUUACCCAGAUGGAGGUGGUCCUCCUGCAGGUACCUCAGGCCCCUCUAGAGCCGGCCAGCAAGUGUGUGUGAGCCUGAAGUUUUCCUCCCUGUAUCUGAACUAAGUCACCGUUUCUGUGUGCUAGAUGUAGGGUUAAUAUCAGCAGUGAUAAAAACA